ACAUUUUAUCCGCCCCCAUCCGCCUGCUUUCUCUCCAGGCGAUUCAAAAGGAAAUCUUGGGUUUUUGUUGGCGAUUCAAGAUGUCUUUCUCAAUGACACCAGAUCUCUCUAUACAACACAAGAUCGAAUGAGUUUCAUCUCUCGAAAUCUUCGAUUUGACUGGAUUCGCUCAGAGCUAGGGUUGUACUCGAUGAGAAAAAGAUCCAGCUCAGAUCUGAGUUUUAUAUUCAAGAGUUUUACAUUCAGAGGACGGCGACGAAGGAUGCGGGUUUGAUUUUAAGCUCAGAUCUAUGAAAGGUGUACUCAUCGUCUCAUCAAGAUGAAUACUAUUUUAAGCUCAGAUCUGUGAAUGGUGUACUCAUCUUAGAGCGGUUUUCCAUGUCUGAGAGAGUCAAAAAAGCUGUGCAGGAAGUGAAGCCUGAUGUACUCCUUGGGUUGUCUGCAGUCGGCGGCUUGUUUUCUAAAGAGAUAUUAGAAGCAUUUAGAGGUUCGACUUCAACCAGACCAGCAAUAUUUGCACUGUCGAAUCCCACAACCAAUGCGGAAUGCACCCCUGAAGAAGCGUUUUCUAUUGUCGGUAAAAACAUUAUUUUUGCAAGUGGAAGCCCGUUUAAGGAUGUAGAUCUUGGAGGUGGAGAGAUCGGCUACAGCAAUCAGGGAAACAAUAUGUAUCUUUUUCCUGGCAUUGGUCUAGGUACCCUUCUGUCUGGUGCUAGAAUAAUCUCGGACGACAUGUUACAGGCUGCAUCCGAGUGAUUGAAGAUAGUUGCCCAGAUUUGGUAACAUCUGGAGGAUUAAGAGAGGCAAGAACACAGGUCAGCAACGAAUAGCAAAAGCUGAAAAAGAUUUAGCAGACGCUGAGCUGGAACUACAAAACGUUCCACCAUAUGAAACUUCCCGAGAGCAAUUUGAAAAGUUAGGUGCUGAAAUAUUGGAGCUGGAAGCUUCUGCAAGAGAAACGAUAUCAAAAGAAAGAAAAAGAGAAGCUUUUAGAAAGAAAUAAACAAUUAGCAAGGCAAACCGCAGAUAGGAGGUGUAUGGGCCUGUAUUAAUUGAGGUCAACAUUUCAACCCAGCUUCAUGCUUCAUACUUCAUACUUAGAGAGUCAUGUUCCUUGUUACAUUUGGAAGCUUUUAUCACACAAGAUUCUGCUGACCGUGACCACUUGUUCAGAAACGUUAAGCCAUUUGAUGUUGCCGUAAUUAACCAGGUUGCUGAUGGAAAUCGCAACCCAGAGCCAUUUAAUAUUUCUCAAGAG